AUGGCUUCUCACGCUCUCCUCCCUCUCCCUUGGCUUGCCAGCUGUGUUUGUGUCUGCAUGGUUGCAGUAGCCUUGUUGGCGCCGCCGCCGGCGGCGGCGGCUUCACAUGCCGCAAGGGCCCCUGUCCGCGGUGGCGACCCGACGGUGGGGUUCACGGAGGUGAAGCUUACUGAUCGAGAGCAACUUCGAGCUGCAGCGCCCCUACGACGUGCCGAGCGGCGACCGGGCUACGACUACUCUUCUGGGGUGUGGCAGUUCGAGGGCUAUGGCUACGUGCCCUCCGGCACGACGGGGGAGUCCAUCAUGCAGGUGUUCGGCGCCGGCGCCACGACGCUGAUGCUGCACGUCUACGACGGCGCGCUGCGGUACUACGACCGGCAGGUGGUGGAGGACGGCGCCUACGACCGGUGGUUCCGGCUCAACGUGGUGCACGACGUGGGCGUGUCCACGAUGAUGUAA